AUGAGAGUUUUAAUCCAAUUAUUAUGUUGGAUUGUCUCAUUUAUAUUACCAAGUUGGAUCGAAUUAAAAUGGUCUAAUGAAGGUAUUUGUUUUUUAUUUAAGUUAAAUAAAGUAGUUUCUUCAAUUCAAAUUAAAGAUAUUAAUAUCCACUUUUUGAAUAAAAUUAUGGUUAUUGAAAUUACUACUAUUAAGGGAUGGAGUAAUUUUAAUAAUAUUAAAGAAUUAAUACAAUUUAUUCAACAACAAGAAAGAAAAGAAAAAACUAAGAAAUGGUGGAAAGUAAUGAUAGAUAAUGUUAUAACUUUAUGUAUUCAAUUUAUUCUUAAGUACCAAAUUAUUAAAGAAAUUUGUUGUUCAUUAAAUCAAAUUAAUUUAAAUAUAAAUAAAAUGAAUAUUCAUGAAAAACAUUGUACUAUUACAUUUGAUAUUUUUAAUAUAAAAGGAACUAUUCAACAUCAAAGCAUUGAAUGUUAUUAUCAAAAUGUUGAACUAAUUAUUCAAGGAAAAGAUAUUAAAUAUGAAAUUGAAAAUAAUUUAUAUAUUAUAACAAUGGAUAAAAUAAGUGUAUUAAUGAAUAGAUCAAAAAUUGAUUUUUGUUCCAUUAAAUUAAUUUAUAAAUAUUGUCUUCAUAUUUAUCUUCAAAAAAUUGAUUUACAUUCACAAGACAUAUUAAUUCCAAUAGAAAAUACUAUUUUAUUAAAAAAUAAUACAAAUGAAGAAGUUUGUAUUAUAGAUUUUUAUAAUAAUAUUAUCCUUUUAAAAAUAUUACAAAUAGAAAUGAAAAGUAUUAUUUCAUCUUUUAUUAAUAUUCUUAUUGAUUUUAUUCCAUUAAAAGUUUUUCAAAAUGUACUUUCUCAUAGUAUUUCAAAAAAAGUUAUGGGUUUUAUUAAUUCAAUUAUAUUAAAAUUAAAAAUAUGUUCAAUAUCUAAAGUUGAAUAUGAAUUUGAAAGUAAUAAAAUUUUAUUUAAUGAAAAAAAGUUUGAUUUAAAUAUCAAUUCAUUAAUUAAUUCAUGUUCUCUUUCAUUUAUAAUUAAAUCAAAUAAAAUUCCAUUAAUUAAAUUAAAUCAAAUAGAAUUAAAUAUAACUAAUGAUAUGAUUAUUCAUUGUAAUAUAAAUACAAUUAAUUUAAUAGUCAAUAGUUAUACAUUAUAUCAAAUUGCUCACAGUUAUUUAGAAUUUACAAAUAAUAUUUAUUUUAUAUUAUCUAAAAGGUAUCAAUUUAAAUAUAAUUCAUUUAAUAAUAAAUCAAAAGAAAAUACUAAAAAAGAUAUUCUUAUUCCAUAUAGUUAUUCAACACAAUUAAACUUACUUCCAUUAAAGGAAAAUAACACAUUAUUUAUUUAUAAUAAUACUUUAUGGAUUAAAAUUAAAACAUUUUUAAAUCAUUUACAUUUUGAAUUCAUAAAAUCUACAAUAAUAUUAACUGAUUGGAAUACAUCUAAUAAAAAAGAAUCAAAUACUCAUGAUAUUAUAUUUGUUUUUCAUCAUUUUAAAGAAACUGUAAAAGAAAUAACAAUUGGUUCUUUUAAAGUCAAUUAUCAAAAUAAAAAUAUUACAUUAAGAAAUAUAGUAAUAACUCUUAUACCUUUAUAUAUAAUAAUAGAAUCAAUGUUUAUAUCUAUUCCACCUCAAUUAUUUGAUUCUUUAUUACAGAAAUUAAAAAAUAUACUUUCAUAUUUUCUUAAAGAAACUUAUACAUUUAAAAAUUUAUCUUCUAUUCCAAUGAAAAUUCUUCAAAAUGGUCAUUAUAUUGAUUUUAAACCUAAUAGUGUGAUUAAAUUAAAUAAAGUUAAUGAAAUUUCAUUUAUUAUUUACGCUCAAAAAUAUACAUUCUUUUUUCCACCAUUUAAUCAAUAUUUUCAUUUUAAAGAUAUUCCAUUACAUUUUUAUUAUUAUUCUCAUACUCUUAUUUUAUAUUCAUCUUCAAUUAUUCAAAAUUUAUUAACAGUACCACUAACUUUAUCUUUUCCUUCUAUUUCUUUUACUUUACAACCAAAUCAAACUAUUGGACUUGAUGACAUUUUAUUAAAUCAAUCACUCUCAUUUCAAUAUGACGGUUCAUCAUUUAAAUUUCUUCUUCCUUGUUUAAGGUCAAUAACAACAUCAUAUCAUGACAUUGCACAUUCUUUGCAGAUAAUUAAUUCUAAUGAACCAAUUCCUUUAUUAUUAAUUAAAUCAAUGAAAACAAUAAAAAAUGCACUUCCCUAUCCUAUUAUUCUUAAAUCAGUAAAUGAAACACCAACCCGUGUUGUUAUUAAACCAAAAACUGAAUUUACAUUAUUUCCACUUUCUGGAUUUAUUUAUACACUUUCUGUUAAUAUAAAUGAAAUUGAAUUCACAAAUAUAUCAAUGGCAAAAGAUGAAUAUAUUCAAGUUAAUGGCACUAUUAUUCAUCUUUUGAAACAUGCAAAUUGUAUAUGUUUUUAUUGUAAUUUUGUAUUAAGUAAUUAUAGUGGGUUAUGGUUAAAUUAUUGUCCACAUAAGAAUUAUUUAUUUAAUACUCCAAAUAUUAGAUUUUUGAGAGAAAUUAUAAUUAAUGAUAUUAGUGAUAUUUAUAUUGGAAUAAACGAUGGAUCUUAUGAAAAAUUAAAUCAACAAUUUAAGUUAGUGUCUAAUAACUAUGAAUAUUUCUUUUCUACAUCAAUUACAACAUGGUUUGAAGAUAAUAAAUUAAAUAUUAAAACAAAAGAAAUUAUGAUUAAUUCGUCAUAUCAAAUACAUAAUUCUAGUGAGAUGGUAGUGACUAUAUGGUCUAAUAAUUAUCAAGAAUAUAUUAAUAUUAAUGAAACAAUUGUUAUUCAAAAACUUGAACGUACUCAACCAAAAAUUUUAAAAUUUGGUAUUCUUGGAGGAAAGAAUUCAAUGGGACUUUGUUGGAGUAGAUCAUUUGAUAUAGAUGAUAUUUUUAAUUAUCCUGCAACAAUACCAAUUGUUGGAAGUACUAAAACAAUUCAUACUAGAAUAGAAAAAGGAGUAUUAGUACUUGAUAUAAAUGAAGAAAAUGAAUGGAGUUUUAUUAAUAACACUAAUAUUCUUCUUACAUGUAAACAAAAGAAUCAAAAGGAUAAAGAACAAAAAUUAAAAAUUUAUAAGAAAAGUGAACUUAAAUUUAAUUUAGAUAAUCCAUUUGGAGAACGUAUUAUUAAUAUUCAAUAUUAUUAUAAAGGAAUUAUGAAUAAAUUAGAUGAAAUAUCUCUUGAUGAAACAAAACAAUAUAAACAAAUAAAAAACAAUAUAACGUUUUAUAUUAAAGUUAUGAGAGAGCCAUCAAUCAUUAUUGUUUCUAAUGAAAUAAUAAAUAAAAAGAGUGUUGAAGUAUUUAAAAUAAAUACUAUUGCAGUAGAUUGGGGAUUUAUUGGGCAAAUGAAAAAUAUUUCAAUUAAAAUUGAAUCAUUAUCUAAACUAGUUCCAAGUUGGUGUAAAGAAAAAAUUCCUUUGGAAGAAUGGAAGUUAGAGUUUUAUAUCAAAAGUAUAUCUAUUAAUGAAAAACAAAUGGAAAUAAUUAGUGCAUAUGAUAAAUUACAAUGUGAAAUAAAUAUGCAUAACUUUUUAAUUAAAGGAAUUAUUCUUAAUCCUCCUGACAUUAAUAUCAUUCUAACUGAACAAAUCAUUCAAAAAAUUGUAAAACUUCUUCCAAAUGAAAAAGAUGAACAUUCACAAAUUCAAUUAUUCCCUGUAUUUAUUGAUAAUUUUAAUAUACAUUUUUCUAUGAUGGAUUAUUCUUUACUUUCUAAUAUUAAUCUUUCAUUCCCUCAUUCUAAUUUUCCUGCUUUACCACUAAAUAAAUUGGUACAUUCUCUUUAUUCAUUUUAUAAAUCACAAAUCCUUCGUCAAACUUUCUCAAUUGUAACUUCUGUUUUAGUUGAUCAUUUCCCAUUAGAAGUAAUCUACCAGUGUGUCCAUGCAUUUUUCCCUUCAAACUAA